GGCGGGAGUGACGUUGCUGCAGUGGAGGCGGAAUGCGGAAGACAAGUGAAUCGCCCGAGGCGGAGUUCGCGACACCUCGCCCGUCUCGCCGUGCUUCUUCCCCGCCAGCCCAACCACAAUGGCGACCCCGGCAUCUGCCCUGUCGUCGCACGAGAGGACCCGGGUCGAGGAUUAUCUUAAUGACAAACUGCAGGUUUCGGCCGACUUGGACAGUCUCGACUCGUUGCUGUCGAGUCUCCGGGCCCAGCAUGAGCUGCAACGCAAGCAGUUAGCAGAAGCACAAGAAGCGCUAUCCAGUGCUACGAAAGCCUCCAACGACCACACCGAUGCCACCCGAAAGCGAGCCGAAGCAUUCGGCGAGCAGCAAGCGGAUAUUGACCGGCGUCUGAAAGCUCUCACGGGGUCGGAUUCCAGCGAUGAAGCGGCGAAACGGUUCGAAGCCAGUAUCGAAAAGCUGCGGAGGCUUGAAAUUUCCAGGAGUUACAUGACCUUGCUGAAGGAGGCGGAAGGGUUGAGCAAGGAGGCCUUGGACAACAUCAAAGAUCAGCCCCGAAUCGCAAUUCAAUCAUAUACCCGUCUGCGCAAGGUUGCCCGAUCCCUCACAGAAGCUCAGCCGGCAGCAGAAGGAGCGGCCCCUCACUUGGUCGACUACGUGGGAAAGCUGGCCUCGGCCCUUAGAGAGCACAUGAAGACAGACUUCACCCGACGACUGCAGGAAACGAUGGAGAAAAUGAAGUGGCCAUCGAAGGAUCUACACUUUCCGGACGAUUUACAGGCGCAGUGGAAGGAGAAUGUGGCAUUGCUUCUGGACCUGCAGAAACCAGAGCUUCAAGGUCAUGCCUCUGGAGUUGAGCCUCCGGUCCUGCUGCCAUUGGAAGUAAUGGUGCAUCCUCUCGAGCUUCGUUUCAAGUACCAUUUCAGCGGAGACAAGCCGACAAAUAGGCUGGACAAGCCCGAAUAUUUCCUGGCCCAUGUGAUGGAUCUGAUCAACAACUUCGGCGGAUUCUUCGCCUCGUCCCUGCAACCCAUCUUCGACCAAGAGGCGCAGAACGUCGGCACGGACCUGGAAUGGAAUUUCUACAAUGCCUCCCAUGCUUACAUCACGGCGCUUCUGCCCGUGCUGAAACACAAGAUCACCACGUUUCUGCCUCAAAUUUCAACCCAUCCGCAGCUGCUCAGUCACUUCAUGCACGAAUUGAUGAACUUCGACAGCGAAGUCCGCGAGUCGUGGAACUACCUCCCCGACCCAUAUUCCAACGAGGACUGGAGGGGAAUGACUUGGGAUGUCCUGACCAAACAAGGCUGGUUUGAUCGCUGGCUCCAGGUCGAGAAGGAUUUCGCCCUGGCCCGCUAUAAAGAGAUUAUAGACACCCCGGAUAGUGGCCACAUCGACUAUGAUGGCGUCGAUCUCUCUUCAACCAAGCCUACCAAGGCUGCAAUCCGGGUGAAUGAUCUGCUCGAAACCAUCACGGAGCGCUACCAGCCACUGUCAUCCUUCAGCCAGAAGCUGCGCUUCCUCAUCGACAUCCAGAUCACCAUCUUCGACCAGUUCCACGAACGCCUGCACUCCGCACUCGAGGCCUACCUCGCCAUGACCUCGACUAUCGGACGCACCGUGCAAGGCGCAGAUGCAUCCAGCAUCGAAGGCGUCGCCGGCUUGGAACGACUCUCCCGUGUCUUCGGCAGCGCAGAGUACCUCGAGAAGAAGAUGGAGGACUGGAGCAACGAAGUUUUCUUCGUGGAACUCUGGACCGAGCUCCAAGAACGCGUCCGAGAGAACAAGGAUGGCGGCAAGAACGUGGCAGGCACCAUGUCCGUCGCCGACGUCGCAUCCCGCACCUCCCAGGCCGUCAACCCCAGCAACAGCCCAGGCACCGCAUCCGAGGGCGCCCUCUUCGACGAAACCGCCUCCGCCUAUCGUCGUCUCCGACUCCGCUCCGAAUCCAUCAUCACCUCAACCCUCACCUCCAACGUGCGCUCCGCCUUGAAACCCUUCUCCCGCGUGUCCACCUGGGCCACGAUCUCCGCAACGACCCCCGUCGCCCCCCUCCCCCCAACCUCCGAUCUCUCCCCCGCCAUGCGUACGCUCUCCGCCGAAAUCUCCUUCCUUUCUAAUGCACUGGGCAUCUCCCCCUUGCGCCGCAUCAUCCGUCAAGUCCUCCUCGCCAUCCAGACCUACCUCUGGGGCAACAUCCUAACCCGGAACACCUUCUCCGCAGCCGGAGCAUCCCAAUUCAUCAGCGACGUCGAACACCUCUGCAACGUGGUCGAUACCGCCCUCGGAGCAGCCGGUCAAACCGGCGGUUCCAUGCGAGUCAUGAGAAAGCUGUCCGAGGGUCUCAUCCUCCUCGGAUUAGACACCACCACCACAACUGAAACUGAAGCCGACGCCGAAGCCGAAGAUAAGACAGCGGAAGAGGGAGAGUCACGUCCAGGCCUAUGGGAAGUCGAAAAACGACUGUUCAAAGACAACGAGAGCGCUCGCGUGGUGCUCGCUGAGCUGGGGAUCGAGACCUUGACGGAGGCGGAAGCAAGGAGUGUGCUUGAAAGACGAGCUGAGAUUGGUAACUAGGCAGCUUAGUUCGGUUAGUUGUCUCCGGUGUCAUUACCCCUAGUAUCUUAACGGGAACACAUACCGACGGUGGCGAUGGUGCGACGUAUAUACGGAGGGAGGGAGAGGGAUGAUUAUUAAUUCCUGGUAGCAAGCAGCAUGAGAUAUCCAUUGAUUCUGAUUCUAGCCCAACAAUACUAGUAUUUCUUUUGGCCUCGCUCGGCUU